AUGACCGAGGUCUCUUACGACAUUGACGAUUCCCUCGCCGACCUCACUGUUACAGUAUGCCUGGAUGAGGACGUUCCCAUCGAACCACAGCCUCGCCCUCGCAAUUUUGAAGAUGAUAUUACCUUAUUUGCCGAACAAAUUGGCCCUCCAAUCAGAGCUGAGGACGUUGAAUUUGAUAUUGAUGCAAAUGCACAGUGUCGGAAUCUCCCAAUUCAAGCGGCGAGUGUCAUGGAGCUGCGUCUGAAUCCACCGGCAAUUGGAUCAAUGAGAAAUUGGGAGUAUUUGGCGAUGUUGUUGGGGAUGAGUAUGGAGGAGAUUGUAGGAUUACGGUAGGAUUUUGAUGAUAAAGUUGGCAUAAUUUUUGGAGGCUCUCAACUAAUGGUUAAGUUUUUAGUCGAGUCGAAAGUCCCGUCGCCAAAUUGCUUCAGAAUUUCGCUGAUUUUUCGUUACGAAGUCUAAUCGCCGCCUUGAAAGAUACGAAUCGGGUAGAUGUCCUAAUUUCACUUCAACCUUUCAUAAAUUCGAUUGGUAAUGACAGUCUGGCCAUUGGUGGUGGCGACUCUGGCCUUUUUGAUAACGCUACCACAACCACUGACUCUGCUGACUAUGGUUUGGCAGGUAAGAGCAUCAUUUUUUGAUGAGAAACAUAUCAAAUUAUAUCCAAAGGUCAAGUAUAAUAUAAUUUUAAUUUUUGAUAUCUAUUUUUAGGUCCGUCAUCCCAACCAGUGUCCAUUCCACGUCCACAAAGGCCAUUUCAAAUCCCAGAUAGAUUUGUUUUGGUUACCCAUCAUGAGCCUCAAGAUAAAUCUCCACAAAGUAAAGAGAUCCGGAAAUAUUUCCGAUCCCUUUUUGCUAGUCUCAAAGCGAGUGGGGAGAAAGAAGGUACCCAGAUUUUGGACGUGGAAGAAUGCCUGGAUGCUCAGAAUUUAUAUCCGACAAUGAGGAGGAUCUACAGGCAAGUUAUACCUUAUUUUAAGGUCAAAUUGUGUAUCAAAUGAUGAUUAAUAUAAAUGUCGUUUCUUUUUAGUCAAGCUCAACUCAUAAUCCUCUACGUAUCGCCUCUUUACUUUCAUGAAAUCCAUAAUCAGCAGCAAAUAUCUCCGCCGAAUCAGAAAAUACAGCUCAAAAGGUAUGUGGAGGACCUGAUUGGCACGGAGAGUGUGGAACAGGGGAACGGAAGAUUCAUGGUCAUACUCAAGAGCCCUGAGGACACCGAGUAUAGACCACUGGGAUGGGCGAGGAAUACACUUUAUUACGUUUUUCCGAAUAAUUGGAAGGAUAUAUCCAACAAGUGCUUUAAUAAAGUGUAA